AUGAUGAGCAAUACACCGAGUAUAAUUGAAGAGGAUGAAGAUUAUGAUAAUGAUCAGUACAAUUAUGAUCGAUUACAAGUUGUCAUGGAUAGACCAGUAAAUACGAAUCUUGUUAAAAAUCAAAAUGAACAAUUUCCACAACUAACAUCACCAAUAGCAACUGGUUUAAGUUCAUGGCGUAUUUCACGCUUUCUAUUAAAUUUUCUAUCGAUUUCACCUAAUAUGCUUGCUCAAGCUGAAGAACGAUUAUAUCAAGAUUUGAAAACAAAAUACAAUGGUGAAUAUAUAAGCAUUCGCGGUGAUUAUCUAAUUUGGACAGUAAGAAGUUUAAAUUCAUCAAAAACUGCUAUACCAAUUGUACUGAUACAUGAUUUUGGUUGUGCAAGUGGUAUAUGGAUACGAAAUAUAGAUUUUUUAAGUACACGUCAUCCAUUAUAUAUGUUUGAUUUACUUGGUUUUGGUCGUUCAUCACGACCUAAUUUUGAUCAAACAAAUUCAAUAAAUGCUCGAACAAAAUUUAUUGAAUCAAUUGAAGACUGGCGUAUAGCUGUUCGUUUACAAACAAAAUUCUAUCUAGUUGGUCAUGGUUUUGGUGCUUAUUUAGCUACAUUAUAUACAAUGACAUAUGGACAAUUUAUUAAAAAAUUGAUUCUUCUUGAUCCAUGGGGUUUUAAUCCAAAACCUGAUGAAAAUCAAUUAAAUUUAAGUACACCAUUAUGGAUUAAAAUCAUUGCUUAUAUUAUGCAAACAUGGACAUCAUUUUCCGCAUUUCGUUAUCUUGGACCAUUAGGUUUACCAUUAUUAAAAAUAUUUGCACCACGUUGGAAACGCUUAGCACCAAUGGAUUCUUCAACUGAAAAAUCUAAUGCACUUUAUGAAUAUUUAUAUUAUGUUAAUGCACAACCGGCGAGUGGUGACUUAGGUUUUCAAGCAUUAGCGUCAUGGUAUGGUUGGGCGAAAGAUCCAAUUGUUCAAAUUGAUCAUUCAAAUAUCGAAACAAUAUCCGAUGAUAUUUCAAUUGCGUUUAUUUAUGGUUCACGUACGAAUAUUGAUAAUACAGGUGCACAUCAAAUUCUUCAUCAACGUGGUCUAAAUAAUACUUGUAUUAAAAUUAUUCAUAAUGCUGCACAUUUCUUUUUCAUGGAAAAACCAAUUCAGUUUCAUGAAGUAAUGAGUGACAUAUUAAGUGAUUUACCACAGAAUUUUUGUACAUUGGCAUCAGGAGAUAGAACUAUAACUACAACAGUACUUUCAGAUCGUUUUCGUACGAUUGAAAGUUUAAAACGACUCACAUGGAAUAAUACUGGUCCUGAAAAAUUAGUACGUGCUGAAAUGAAAAUAUUCGAAACUUUAAGAUCACAAUUUCAAGGUCGUUAUAUCAAUGUUUUAAAUGAUACACAAAAAGUCUGGACUGUUUGUUCAAAUUUAACAUCAAAUAAUAUUCCUAUUGUACUUGUACAUGGUUUCGGCGGUGGUGUUGGCUUAUGGAGUUUAAAUCUCGAUCAGUUAUGUGCUGACCGAGCUGUUUAUGCUCUUGAUUUACCAGGUUUUGCACAUAGUAGUCGACCAAUAUUUAGUAUGGAUCCUGAUGAGGCUGAACAACAAUUUGUUAAUAUACUUGAAGAAUGGAGAAUCGGAGUUGGACUUAAUGAACGUUUUAUACUUCUUGGUCAUAGUUUCGGUGGUUUUUUAAGUGCAUCCUAUGCUAUACGUUAUCCAGACUAUAUUGAGCAACUUGUUUUAGUUGAUCCAUGGGGUUUUGGACGAAAACCAGAUAAUUGGCAAACAUCACCUAUGCAACGUAUACCACCAUGGUUAAGAUCAUUUUCAGCAGUCAUGAUGAAAAUUUCUCCACUUGCUGGACUUCGUGUAGCUGGACCAUUUGGUAUUCAUAUAAUGAAAUAUUUUCGACCAGAUUUACGUGUUAAAUUUGAAAAGUUAUUUAAUGAUGAUAGAAUAUUAGAGUAUUUAUAUCAUUGUAAUGCUCAAGUGCCAACUGGUGAACAAGCUUUUCGGACAAUUAGUGAUUUACUUGCUUGGGCAAAAAAACCUAUGAUUGAUCGAAUACAUUUAAUUGAUCAACGCAUUCCAAUAUAUUUUCUUCAUGGUGAGCAAUCAUGGAUUGAAAUUAAUUCAUCGAUGAUUGCUCAAGGAAAACGUGACAAUGUUUAUAUAGAUACAAUCCAAGCAGCUGGCCAUCAUGUUUAUGCUGAUGCACCAGAUGAAUUUGAUAUGUAUUUAAAAAGAAUUUUAAUUAACAGAAAUUGA